AUGGCAAAAGUGGGCAACCAUGUUGAAAUUGCUGAGCGAAAACUUCUCAAUGCCAAGAGAUCCAUGAGUUCAAGGAAAGGAAGUUCUCUAUCAUUACUUUCAAGCAAACCCUCUCAUAUAGAACUUAAAUCUGUCAACAAGACGAAACAUUUUGAAAGGCACUUCAUUAAGGGAACUCUGUUAGAAAAACCUAAAUUGAAAAGUUAUCCAAUCCAAAAUGAAAGUAUUCCACAUAUUGAUAAAGUUGUGAGUUCUACAGCUGCUGAAGCCAAGCCUAAACCUCCUCCUUUCAAAAUACCUGAAAUUGAACCCAAAGAACUGAAACAAGUUUUGUCUCAAAGUUCUACACCUCUUACAGUUUCCACAAGUGAUACCUCGAAUUUUCCAGAACUUCAGUACUCAUCUUCAGGAAGCACCUCAUCUUUAAUUAUGGGCUUGAGUGAAAAUAAAGACUUAAAGUAUGCCAUGACAAGGCAUAAAACCAAAUCUAAUGACAAUGCACCAAAAAUUGUCUUUUCAUCUUGGGAAAAAAUAUUUUUACAAGAGGAAGAAGUUGGACUAGACAGUCAGAUUAGUUCUCCUGCUUCUGAAAAUGUACCACCUGCCAGGAAAGUAACAAAUGGUAUGGAAUGGAAAAUAGUGCCUGCUGGGAAGAAACCUAUUUUCAAUCGCAACAGUUCAAAAUCUAAUUCUGGGUUUCAAAAACUCCGAGACAUUAUCGAGCGACAGAAAAAGAAGUUUGAAGCAUCAAACAUAGAAUCAGAUGAUGAUGUUGUUGUUAAUCAUCGAAAAUUUUUAAAAUCAUCUCCUACACAUGAACAUAAGAAACUUCCUGAGAAACCUACAUAUGGUGAAACAUUGCAAGUGGAAUCUGCAACUUCACUUUGGAAAGAAAGUGAUCAAGUAGUCGUGGUUAAAAAACCUGCAAUAAAACAGAAAAGUUCAAACCGUGAAGAAUGUGAUGCAGUUAAAAGUACAUCUGAAAAAUCUUCAAAAAGUAGUUCAAGUGAGUUGUCGAGUCAAGAAACAGUAAGCAACCACAUGAAUCAUUCAACAAAAGAAAAUGUUGAAUCCCAUCCAGCCGUAGAAUCAGAUGUCUCUGAAUCUAUUGGCGAAAAAACGAAAAUCACAGAACAAGUGAAAUCCUUCGAUGAAGAUAUUUCUGAAUUGACUUCAAUAGUUGAUACCAAGCAAAGUAGCAAAGCAGACAAUGUAUUACCAUCCAAAACACCUAAAAGUAUCAAACGAAAAGCAGUUAAGCCUCCAGAACAAAGUGCUCCUUCUCCAAAAGUUCGUCAUUAUGAUGUUGAGAAAGUUAGAGACUACAUCCAAAAGAAGAGAAUUGAGAGAAAAAAAAGGCAUAUGGAGGAGCAUAAAAAGCGUUUGAUGGAAGUACAGAAAAAAGAAGAGGGUCUACAGAAGCUGUAUGAGCAUCAAAAGCAAAGUGUUAAAGCAGUAUCUAAAGACAAUCCUAUGUCACCUCUAAAAGUUUCCAAGUCAAAGAAACUUGCAGUACUUAAAAUGCACCACAAUAACUCACCUGCUGUUUUAAAUAAGGAAAAUUUUCAGAAACUAACUUCCAAACUGGGUCAUGGAGGAAAUGUUUUAGAAAAUAAAGAAUGCUCUGAAUCUGCUUCUGCAAGAGUUAAGCAAAAUGUUCCACCCGAAGAAAGUGAAGAACCAACCAGAGAUUUUAUGCCCAUGAAAACUGAUCUAAAAGUCUGUAAACCCAAUAAAAUUCAUGAUAGUCAUGAAAUAAAAGAAAAUGAUAGUUUUCCGAAAGUUUCAGACCAGGCGCUUAUUUCUAUCGCAAAAGCUGGUGACAAGGAUGUACCAUCAAAAAUGGUAAAUUUAAAUGAAUCCUCCAAACCCGACAUUUUAGCUUCCUCAUCUAACUGCAGUUAUGCUUCAACCCUGAGUACUCCCACUGAGCUUAGUCAAAUGUCUGGUAUAAGUAAAUCUUUUCUUCAGGCAUUGAAAGAAGCCAAAGCUGCUCCUCCAAUCACAUCUGAAUCAAGACAAUGUGAAACAUUGAAGAAUUUGAUGAAAUCAAUUGAUGUAUUGAUAGAGCCUUACGAAUACUUUUUAAGAACAAAAAAAUGGGUUGAAGAAAGUCCACCCCCGCCUAGUCUUAAGGACUCUGAAAAAACUGAAUCUUCAGCUGGGAACAUCAUUAACAAAGCUGUGCAUAAAAAAAACAGUCGUAACUUCAAGUUAGAAAUUGCCAAGUCUCUAAGCAUGCCAAAAGAUAAUAGUAUCUUUAUGGAGAGAGUUUCUGGCAUCGGAGAUCCAAAUGAACUUUAUUCAAGAAUAAUGAAUGAAGACGCCUCAAUCCAAAGCGUUGUUGAAAAUAACAUUAAACAAACUAGUAAAAGUGUUGAAUCUGAUGAAAAUGUAUCAGAGGAUGAUUUAAUUGAGGAAUCUCUUCCGUCAGACGAAGAAAAUGAAGUAAUAAGUGCUACUAAUCUUAACGAAAUUCAUUCUCCUCACGUAAGCCCCUCACUCAGUCAUCACAAUUCUGGAGCAUCUGAAGCGCUCAUUUCUCAUAGUAUUAGUUCUGAUGAAAGUAAGGAAAAUAGUGUUGUUGAGCUGCAAAGAAAGAAGAAUAUGUCAAGUGCUUCUAAUUCGGAAUCGCUGGUAUCUGAUGUAAUUAGCAUUGUAGAAAAUACAAAUGGUAGAUCACCAAAUUCAGAUGAAACUUUAAUUAAUGAAAGUAAAUCAAUCAAUUCACAAGAAGAUGCAAGUUCAGGUCCUGUUGCGAGUAAAAUAUCUGACACUGUUGAAGAAAAUGGUAGCAAUGUUGAAACUGAUGAAAGUAUCCGUUCAGUUAUGGAAUCUAGUGGUUCUGAAAUUGGUAGUGAUAAAAAUUCAACUCGUAAUUCCUCAUUUAUUGGUGACAGUCACAGAAUUAAAGAAAGUCAAGAUGAGAUCUCGGUCAAAAGUAAAAGUGACAGAAUGAACAUAAAAAGUAUUUCUGCAAAUGGCUCUAAUGGAGUAGCAUUGAACUCAAAGCAUGAUUUAAGUGGUUAUGCACCAGGAGGAGCAGCAAAGAAAGGAAUGACGAACAUUCAAGAAAACACCAAGCAUUUCACACAAUUCCCCGACGACGGCGGAAUGUCUGAUGACGAGUUCCUGGGGGAUUCAAUGGGUGUCUCGUUGGUGUACAUAAGAACCUUCAGCUGUCCUCACGAAAAAAUUCAAGGCAGGAAAGAUCUGAUUAAGCAGCACAUACCUAGUGAAAAUGAGCAGUACUUGCAUUCUCAGUUUGUGAAAAAGGUUGCUUCCGAGGCAGCAGCUGCAGCAGCUAAAUCUGCUGUGACCGAGAUAUUGAAGUCUCAAAAAUCCAUUUCAUCUAAAAGACAUCCAAUUAGGAUUUCGGUUGUGGACUCUAGUUCUUCGUCUAUGAGAUCAAAGCAACACAGCAUCAAUUCUGAGUAUGUUGGAUUUGAAAAAUCCUCAUCUAAGCAAUCAAAAUCUAGUCGCAAAAAAUCAAAACAUUCCACCUCUAAUGCAAGCUCUAAACAUGAUGAAAUAAUUGAAGAAAUUCAAUCAGCCAGUAAUGAAGAAAUAAUGGAACAAUCAAGUUCCAUAGAACUUGAAGAGUUAUCUGCACAGAAAUCUUCUCAUAGCUCUUCUUCUAAAGUGGCAGAAGUGAUUGAAUCAGUGACAUCUGAUUUGAAUGCUUCAAGUAUCAGUGAAAAAUUUUCCGAAAGAAGUAAUAAAAGAAAGAUAUCUGGAAAUCUCUCAUCGCCUUCUCCGGCUAGUCUAUCAGAUAAUGAAUCCAUAUCAUCUGCCACAAUGAUUAGCAGUCAGUCUGGGGACUCUGAUUUCUCCCAUCAAAAUGAGUCAGAUGACUCUUUUGCUCAACUCGCAUUAGAUGUAGUGAAGGGAAUGAGUCAUGAUAAGCAGUUGAGUGCAAAAGAAAAGCUUUCCUUUCUACAAAUGCAAGAGAAAAUCAUUGUUGAAAAGGCCAGAGUUGAAAUAAAGUUGCUAGAAUUGUGUAAAAAGAAGUUACGUGAUAAAGGGAAGGAGCGAGAAGUAACUGCGAUUAAAAAGCUUCAAAAUGAAAUAAUUCUGAGGCUUCGGCAAGAAAAAGCUGAACUACAGUGUAGACAAGAAGCUUGCAGAAGCAUAUGUGAAAAUCACAAGGCUCUUUUGGAAGAUAAAAAGAAGCUUUUAAAAGAACCAAUGUCUUUAGCGUAUCAGAUAUUGAAUAGGAAAGAAAAAGGACAUAUCUCAAAGCUUGCUUCCCAAGACAAAUUGAAAGAAGUUCCUAGAGCUAAAUCUUCCUCUUCGUCCACACCAACUGUCAUUUCUAAUGAUGAACAGAUAGUGGAGGAGGAAGGUGUUAUUUCUGAAGUUCCUGAGAUGUUGAAAGGUUUAGCAAGCAAUUCUUCCCUAGAAUCUGUUAUUGAGCAAAUACCUGAGCAAACUAAGUCAUCUUUACCAUCCUAUAGUAAAUCUCAUCAAAGUUCUCCAAGUGUUACUUAUUCUCCAUCAAACACGGGACAAAGUAACUCAAAUAUGAACCAACCAAGCAAUUCCCUAGAUACAAAUAUUCAAGGCUUGAAGAAGCUUGAAGCCAGUAAAAGGCAUUUAACUAAAAGGGAACAACGUAUUCUGCAGAGAAGAAAGCAUGUUGAAAGUCUACUUCAAUGGCAUAAAAAGCUUGAUAGUGAAGAAAUGGCAGUUAGAGAACUUGAACAAAAGGCAUUGGAACUUGUUGACCACAGUAAAAAGAAGACAAAGUACUAUGUUUCUUCUACAUCAACAGAAUUAAACAAUAUGAACAAAACGGAACCAAACACAGAAACUGCACCUCCACCAGAAGCUAAAGUGAAUUUCUCUAGUCAAUCCAGUGAUAUAACUUCAUCCAUUAAAAACGCAAGUAGUAGUCAUAAGCUUAGCAACAAGGAAAGUUCAUCCAUCCUGGAAGAGAGCAAUUCCGGAUCUUCCUCGGGAAAUGGCGUGGAAGAAGCUCUUACUCCCGAAAAAGGUAGUUCCGGGGCAGAGUCAUACGUUACUACUGUAGCAAGUUCACUGAAAGAAGAUAUUAAAAGUGGAAGUUCAGCAACAUCUGUGCAUACCGUUGAUGCCCCUGCAGAAAAUUCUGUUGGAGAAGAAAUAAUAGGUGAUGAAGUAUCAUCAAUUGUCAUCUCACCUUCCCUUAAAGAUAGAUCCUCCAACUCGGAUAUUUAUUCAGAAUCAUUUGAAUCUACCACAAGCAGGAAAAGCAUUUUGCUUAGCAGUCCCCUUUCCUUCAGGAAUACAAGCCCUAAACAAAGCCUGAAAAAGGAUUCAGGAUUAGGAAUUAGAGCACCCCUAGUCCCUCGGAAUAUGAGACGUCAUGAUUCCAGUGGUUCAGAUGAUUCUUAUACAAUAUCUCAUUCAGAAACUGCAUCUGAUCAGAGUGAUAUUGAAGUCCGUAUCCAUGCAUUAGCAGAAGAAUUACGCAGGCGUAAGGCUGAAGCUGAAAAACUGAAGCGUGAGCAAAAGAAAAAAUAUCGAGAACAACUGAAAGAAAAAGAGUUGUCACUGCAAAAACAAAUUGAAGCAUAUAACCAGUACAUUCAGCAAACAAAGCAUCAGAUUGAAUCUGCAGUAUCCCUUCCUCAAACUUCUAACACCACCGUAGUAAAGCCUCAAAUUAAAUGGCCUCGACCAGAAAAAAUACUUGAAUCUAGGAGACUUAGAAAACAAACACCAUACGUUCAUGAUACAUUUUCAGAAAAAAAAUCUGCUGAAAUUAAUGGAAGUAGCCCAGAAUCAGCUAAAAGUUUCACUGAAAGAAGCCCAGAAUCAAGAACACGAUCAGAAGUGAAAACGUCUGCAUUACCUUUGUCAGUGCAAGAACUAUCUACAAUAAAAACAAUUAGCAACAGCUUUGUAAAUAAUAUUUCUGCAGAAAUAAAAGAGCUCUCCUCAAAAGGUGAUCAGAGUAAGGAUUCUGCCGGAGAAAUUUCGUCACUUGAAGUAGAAACUUCAGAAAUAAUCAGCGAUCACUCAAGCAGAUCACAGGCCCAGUCCAAUGAUUCAACUCAUUCAUCGCUAGAAAAAUCUGUGGAAGAAAUAGCUGAUAAGUAUGAGAAAAGCUCUAAUAAUGUAACGGAAUCUAAAUCAGAUACAUUCAUUUCCGAGACUGCAUCUCCAUCAAAUCACACGAGUAAUGGAAAACAUACAGAUGACUCUCUGUCCCACAAAUCCUCAUCUGCGGGCGAAGAGGGCAAUUACUCGGAAGAAUUCGUUGAUGAUCACGAUUCUGACCAAAGCCAUGACAGCAAUAGGACGGUGCUCAAUGAAUCCACUGGAUCUUCUGAAAUGGAAUCAUCGUCAGAAGCACACUCGGUUGUGAAUACUGGCUCCGUAGACGAAGAAGUUGAUGCCGAAAACUUUAAAUGUGACACCUCCAGUGGAUGUCCAGCUCCUCAUUCAGAUGCUUUUGUUAAAAAGCUUAUAGUUCCUGAUAAAAAAUCAGUGCCACAAGAUGCCAUAGAGUCAAGUAUUUUACAAGUGCCAUUUUCCAAUUCUAAGUCAUCUAGUAGUAGUAAAAAAACACUCAAGAUAAAACCGAAUUCAGAAUUAUUUAUUGUGAAUGUUGCCAAUUAUAUGUGUUCUUCAAUACUCGAUGAGGCUAUUAAAACAAUUAUUUUUCUAAAGAGGAAAAAAUCAAAUUCUAAUCAUUUAAAAAGCUCUAAUAGUUACAACAUAUUGGAAACUGUGGUUAAAAAAUCAUAUGUUCCUGUGCAAAAUAAAGAUAAAACAGUUCUAGCGAUUGUUAAUCACUUAAUGGAAAAAUAUUUAACUAAUUCUGUUUCAUCUAUUGUUAAAACAUAUCAGACAUUUAAAUCAAAAUCUUUACAGGCAAAUAAUGAAAAUAAAUAUGCUGUAUUUGAAGAUGCUGAAAAUACAGGAAGCAAAUUGGAGGUGGAUUUAUCCCUACAAACUACUCAUUUUCCGAGUCUGGUUGACAACUACGACCAGGUAACGAUUCAGUAUCCUCAAACUCUCCAGGAUUUGAAUGACAAUAGCAUUUUCAACAAAUCAGUCAACUGGUUGGAUGGUGCCUUUUUAUCUAGCACAAACGAAUUUCAAGUGCAACAACUUGAGCAACAGCUCUUGCUUCAGCAGCAGUACUCUUUCUACUACCGAAAAAUUCCCAACAAGCCUCCUCCGCCAUACACGCCCCCUUCAACAGGAGUAUCAACAAUCUCCCUUGUGAGAGAAACACAUGUGGCCAAAGUCCAAGACAUAAAAUCUAUUACCGAAAAUAUAAGCUACGUCUUGGAUCAUAUUGUUGAUGUGGUGUUGGAUGGCAAAAAACAAGGUCUCUCAAUAAAUGAGAUCUUGGCUCCGAAGUUUGAGAGCAUUGCAGAACGAUUUGAGCUUGUCGAUCCUAGUCAAGUGAUUUUCAUUGAUUUGAUAUUUGAUGUAACAAAAGAAAUACUACUGGAACAAUUCAGUGAAACAGAUCCAGAACCCCAGCCUUGGUUAAGGACUAGAAAACUUACACCAAAGCCAGCAUUCCCUGUGGACAAGAACCGAUUGAUGAAAGUACUGGAGAAAGAAGUCCAACUUGCACUGAAACUUACCUCAGAGAGCACGAAAAUGUCUCGAAGGAAGCAAACCUUGUGGUCUGCGAUGAAGUUGGGACGUAAAAAAAGGGACUUUGUCGACACCAUUCUCAUCAAAGAGCUGAAAGAGGAGGAACCGGAGUGGGUAAAUUAUGACCAGGAUGAAGUCACGGUAAAGUUUCAAAUCGCAGAUUAUAUACUUAACCUCUUGGUUGAUGAUACACUGAAAGUUUUUCAAAACCUUCAACACAAAUGCCAUCAGUGAUUUAAAAAAAAAAAAAAACUUCACAACUGCAUAUAAUCAAAGUAUGUACAGAAAUAAUACGUCAGUAAUUUAUAAUCAAAAUAAAAAAAGUACUUGUAAAUUGUAAUAAAAAAUACAUUUGUAUGUAUUUCAUUCAUAAAGUCAGAGAGUGUAUAGCAAGGGGAAGGCCAAGAAAUAGUGCCCCUCCCCCUUUUUAUUUUAACAAAAGUG